AUGUGCCUGCUCGACUCCUUGCGUGGCAUGGAGAUCAGAUGUAAUGGAAUGCACGUGGAAAGAGCAUUGUCAACCAUGCAGGGACUGACAAAGCGUGCUGGAAGCUUGUCACUGACCUCCAUCACUGCCUGCUGCCCUCGCGGACGAGCCUGCGCCGCAGCGCUGCAUAGCGAGAGCUCAGCACCCCCGAUGCGUGUCGAGACCACGUCCCCGGCGCGUCCCAAGACGAUGAUGCUGGCGACGGCGACGAGCAGCGAGCCCGACUGGGGACGGCCCAGGCGACAGACGGAGCCCAAUAUCCACGUCGAGCGGCGGCCCUCAGAGCUGCUGCGACAGGCCGCUCGACGCUCCGCCGACUGCUCAGUGCAGCGCCCCCAGACCAGCGCCCGCGAUCACUCUCACUCCCACUCCCACUCUCACUCACCGUCGCCCUCGCCGUCGCCCUCGCGCUCGUCGCUCAGCGUCCAUGCCCUGUCGAAUCCCGCGCUGGCCGAGAUUCCUCUGCGCAGGUUCCGCCUGUCGACCAGCUCGCCCGACACGUCGCCCGCCAAACAAAAAGAACACCACCACGGUGCCCCGUGCACCCCUGACCUGCCCGCCCUCACGCCCAUCUCGCCCAAGACCGCCUCCCCGCGCCUCGAUGCCGGCCUGAAGAGCGACCAGCGACAGCGUGCGUCGACGUAUCUGGCCCCCCAGCCCGCCGCAUCCGCUCUGGCCCGCAGGAUGUCGUCCUACUCCGACGGCGGUGCCGCCAACGGCGUCCACGACCCCGACCGCACCCUCACGCUCGACGACCAGCCCGGCGACGAGAACCGCGAUUCCAGCGCUGAUGAGAGCCGCUCCAAGAACGAAGACGUCUUCCUCAACAUUGCCAAGUCGACCGCCAGCCGGCGAGAUUCCACGGGCAAGUUGGACCGCAGACGGAGACUGGGGCUCUCAGGCCUGUCGACUCGCAUUUCCCUCGCCAAGGAGCAGACCCAGAGCAGCCCGUUGCAGGACACGUCGCCCUUCUCCUACAGUACGUCUCUGGAUGAGAACAGCCGGCUCCGCUACUUCUCGAGUUCCCGAUCCACCGUCGGCCUGCCGCGCAGCCGCUUCAGUCGCGAGACCUCGCCCGACUCGCCUCACACCUACGCUGACCUGCGAUCCUCCAUCACCGAUGUCCGCCCCUACCGACACUCCAACCUGUCCAGCUCGACCCGCACGAUUCGCCCGUCCGAUGCCACGGAGCGCGCGAGAAGCGAGGCGGACAGCAAGUCCCGCAUGGACGGCACCGAAUCGACCUUGUCGACCACCGCGCCGUCCACCGUCUGGGACGAACUCGACGACCUCAAGUCGAGAAUCCGGAAACUCGAGCUGACCGGGAAAUUCCCGCCGUCGUCGGCCGCGGCCAUGUCCAAUGCGUCCGCCGAGCGGCCUCGCACUGCCGCGACGACGGUGACGACCAUCUCGUCCUCCCCGAAACACAACCGCAAGACCAGCACGUCUCCCGACCCGGAGCCGACGGUGACGGUGAACCCGAUCCAGACGCUCCUGCAUUCCGCCUUGGCCAAGGCCAAGACGGCGGUGAGCUCCGAAGUCUACAACGCGCUCGAGGUCACCGCGACCGACGCUCUCACGUUAGCCAACAUGCUGGGCUCGGGCUCGUCGUCCGGAACGGCAUCGAUGGUCAACGGAUCGACCCUGUCGGAGCGCCAGGCGCGGCGGAAAGCCGACAGCGUGUGUCGCAGCCUGACGGAGCUCUGUCUGGCGUUGUCAGAUGACCAGUUGGCCAGGCAGCAGCAGCAGCAACAACAACAACAACAGCAGCAGCAACAGCAACAGCAACAGCAACAGCAACAGCAACAAGCGCGGCCAGUCAGUCGCGAUGCGUCGUCACGGACGAACCAGACUCAGACGGACGGCGGCGAUACGCUGUCCACGGCGAUGCCGUAUCGCCGGAGCAUGAGCCACGAGCCGGAAUCCAGCCAGCAGCAAGAGUCUGCGCCGCGCGUUCCGAGUCGACUGGAAGCUCGUCUGAAUACGAUGAAUCUGGGGUCGUCGCGGAACGCAGCCCGACUGUCGCAGGAUGAAAAGUCCUCGCCGCAGACCUCGACGCCGAUCUCUCGACUAAGCCGCCUGUCGACAUCUCUUCGGACAAAGCGAGAGGAGGAAGCGGACGACAAGGGUUCUGUCUUCAGCCGGAGCGUUGGCCCUUCGCGGGCCAUGUCCGAAGUUGGCGGUUUGACGGCUGGACUGCGGUCUGCACGGGAGCGUCUGUCUCGCGAGUACGCAUCACCGACCGAGUCGUCGUCGCCGUCGACUCGAACGCCAGCCUCUCAAGCGCCGUCACAACAGACGACGCGAACGCCAUCGUCCAUUCCUCUUCGACGAAGCUAUGCAUCACCGGGGGGAACCGGGAUCCCAGCGGCAUCAGGCGUCAACAUCCAGCCAGGAUUCCGGCGAUACGGGCUGGCGCAUUCGGGGUCUGAGCGGGGGACGUCAGAGAGUCCCAACGGGGAAUCACCACAGCCAUCGCAGACACGGAUCGUGGCGCCGUCGAGCAAGACGGCAACCAGCUACACGCCGAUCCAGCAGCGGGCGCGAACGAACAGUUUAGGGAGUCGACGAUUCGGGCUGCGACCGCGACAGACGGCGGUGGGGGACGUAUAG